AUGCUGGGAGUUUUGGAUACGGCGAAGGACUCCACAGUAGCAGGGACAUCCAGUGCCGUUUACGUUGGUGAGCGUCUUAAAGCCACUGUACAAUGUUCCGAUGAAGCACUACGAAAAUUUAAGUGCUCAGAAUGUCCGAAAGCAUUUAAAUUCAAGCAUCAUCUCAAGGAGCACAUCCGAAUUCACAGUGGUGAAAAGCCCUUCCAGGUGGUUCCAUGGUUUUAUUUUCUAGGAGAUGUUCCCCCAUUUGGUGUUGACGAUGUGAUGAUGGAGGGCGCAAAGUAUCCUGCGAACAAACAGUGCCCGCACUGUCAGAAGCGAUUUUCACAUUCGGGUUCGUAUUCAUCCCAUAUGAGUAGCAAGAAAUGUACAGCAGCUGCAACACAAGCUUCAUCAACUGCAUUCGAGUUUGGUGAUCAAAUGAUACUCUAUCGAGCACUUUUGUUGCAGUUCCAGACAGCGCAUAAUUUUGCAUACUCAAAUAUCGGUCCUUAUACGGCCUUGUUACAACAACAGUUUUUACAGGCAGCGAGUAGCACUGCAUCGUCAACCUCACCACCGGCAUUACUGGCCAACUAUUGGGCUUGUCAUUUAAACAGUACUAAUUGCACCAUAGAAGGAACAGUUUCUGCAAACGCAUCUAGUAAGAACGGUAUUGAAAAUGGUAUCGAAAAUGGCACGCUCUUGAAGAGUUCAUGUGUUAAAAGUGAAAAAACUAAUCAGGAUGAUGUUGCAAACCAUGAUCUAGAAAGGUCGCGUUCUUCUGGUGAGAGCGCUGAACAACAAGAAGUGCAAAGUGGAUCUGAUUUACCAAGUUCGUGUAUUGUUGGUAAUGGUACUACUUGGAAGCCCUUACGAUCCCGUUCAUUUCUUACCGAUGCUCAAGUUGCUAUACUCCAUGCUCAUUUCAAACGUAAUCCAUUUCCAUCAAAGUAUGAACUUUCCGCUGUUGCUGAACAAAUUGGAGUCAAUAAAAGAGUAGUACAGGUAUGGUUUCAAAAUACUCGAGCGAAGGAACGACGAAGUAAUCGGUUAAGUGUAGCUUGUGAACGAUACUCACGUUCCAUGUGGAAUAAUGCGAUAUCAUUUCAAAGUGCUGCUACAGCAGUAGCAGCUGCUAAUGAUCCAUUAAGUUUGAUGGCUGCUUGGGCACAACAGUGCACCGGUCUUGUUAACGACGGCCUCUCGGAUGAGCAGACAGCGAAAAGUGAUUUAGUGUCAAAUGAACCAUCUGAUGCUGCUCGUGAUUUACCACUCGAUUUAUCAAUUAAGGAUGAAACAGCAGCUAUAGUAACAGCAGUCCCAACUGAAAAAACAUCUGUUUUUGCAGUCGAAGGAAAUGGAGGAAGACAAGACUUUAAUCAGGACGAUUGCUGGUCUGCUAGCCGUCUCAUUGGAUUUAUUCCAAAAGGAAGCGAAACGAUACGUGGAGCGCUAUUGCAAGCUGCGAAGGGUCGUUCAGAGACUCCACCGACGGUACUUUCUUCGACAUCCAGAUCCCAUUCGGAAGGUGAAUCGAAUUUAGAAGCUGGCUUAUUGGAUGAUAAUUCAGCUGCUGCAUUGUCAUCGAGUAUUUGGCCCAACAGUGUGUUCAUGUCGCAGUAUUCAAUGUUGGGUAUUAACGGUAUAGCAGGUCUUCAGAAAGUUUUGGAGCAAAGUGACGAUAAUGAUGACAACGCGUCAGACACUUCAUCGGGUGAGAAGCGCCAUCGUUUAAACUGGAAAUCACAUCGAACUGAUGAAGAAGGUCUCUAUGCGUGCGAUCAGUGCGAUAAAAUGUUCGGAAAGCAGAGUUCGUUGGCAAGACACAAAUAUGAACAUUCUGGACAACGUCCCUACAAAUGUGAUGUAUGCGAGAAGGCAUUCAAGCACAAACACCAUCUUACAGAACACAAAAGAUUACAUUCGGGUGAAAAACCUUUCCAGGUUUCGACUGAAAAUCAUUUUCGGGUUAAUACACUUUCGUAG